AUUUCACAUAUAACUAUUUUCUUUCCAGUACAUUUAUUCAGCCGUUUACUUUUAAUAAAAAGAAAAACACAAAUAUUUUUUCUACUGUCAGAACGACAGAGUGUCAGAAGUUAUAGAAUCGAUAACCAUCCAAUCAGAACGCGUCGUCAAGCUGGUGACGUAUAGACAACUUUCGUCCAAUCAUCUGACGUCUAAAUAUAUCAAUCGCUGGAGGAAAAAACAUAACGCCUCUGUUUCGUCAUCAGUGAAGCUCAACCAACCUUGAUUGCAUGUGAUUUUUACCGAAGACCCGCCCUAUUUUCGACGCUACUUUCGUUUUUACCUUAUAAGAAGCACUGUGUUGUGACUGUACAACAUUGAACACGCUAAACGUACAUUUUCAAGAUAAACUAAUAUGUUUGUUUCUUUCCAUAUAACAAAUGAACCUCUUUAAACUCAAGGAAAGUAAUGUCAAAGAGUCCAAAGUUAAUUGGCUGAGAAAGCUGUCAGCUGAUAGGAGACAUCACUGUUGUGUGCGCCAGCACCAUUUCCACGUCAGUAAAUUUGACUGUGGAGGAGAUUACCACCAGUGACAGAAUAUUUAUCUAUCCUACAGAAAAACAACAGGGCAUGACAGCACCACGUGGAACUGUCUAAAAUAUUCACGAUGGUGUACAAGAAUAUAUACAUCGUUCAAGGGGAGAUUUCUAUUGUUGUUGCUGCUAUCAAGAGGAACUCUAGAUGGAGUACCCAUACUCCUUUGGAUGAAGAACAGGAUCCACUACUUAACAGCUUCAGCCACUUGAAAGAAGAACUGAAUAAGAUAAGAGAUCUUUCUGAAGUGGUGCCCAAUGAGUUCCUUAGACCUUUCCUGGAGGUGGUCCGCUCAGAGGACACAAGUGGACCAAUCACAGGCCUUGCUCUCACCUCCGUUAACAAGUUCUUGUCUUAUGGCCUUAUAGAUGCCAAUCAUGAAGGGGCAGCAGAGGGCAUCGAGAACAUGGCCGACGCUGUCACACAUGCGAGAUUUGUGGGUACUGACCCUGCGAGUGAUGAGGUGGUGCUGAUGAAAAUCCUUCAGGUUUUGAGAACUCUGCUGCUGACUCCAGUAGGAGCCCAUCUAACCAACGAGUCUGUUUGUGAAAUCAUGCAGUCCUGUUUCCGUAUAUGCUUUGAAAUGAGAUUAAGUGAGCUGCUGAGAAAGUCAGCUGAACACACACUGGUGGACGUGGUGCAGCUGCUCUUCUCCAGAUUACCACAGUUCAAAGAGGAGGCCAAGAGUUGUGUGGGCACUAACAUGAAGAAGCUAAAUAUGAGAGCUGGGGGAAUUAACGAGUCAUCCAAGUGGAAGAAACAGAAACAUUCAACCCGCUCCCCUCAUCACAUGGUACGCAGUGUCUCUGGGCUGAUGGAUCCAGCCCAGUCGAGUACCCUCACUAACAACCUUUCAGGUGGAGUUCCAUUCAUAGAGCAGCAGAGUGGAGGUUCCACUAUUUUUGGUUCAGACAGUGCAGCUUCAUCCAUCUCCAGCCCCACCACUGAUAGUGGCCUUGACACUGGCUCUAAAACCACUUCUAAGGAAGAUCUCACAGACUUGGAGCAGAGCAGCUCAUUGGCCAACACUCCAAUUACACCUUCUUCUGAGCCAGACAGACUAGAAUCACAGUCUGAGGGCAGGGAAGUGGAGCUGGCCAAGUCAGCCUCAGUGGAGUCCAUUCCUGAAGUCCUGGAAGAACGAGACUUGCUGGCUGACCAGUCUGAUUCGGCAUCGGUCCACGACAUGGACUAUGUCAACCCCCGAGGAGUGCGCUUCACACAGUCCACCCAGAAAGAUGGUGUUGCUCUAAUCCCUUAUGGUCUCCCGUGCUUGAGAGAGCUCUUCCGGUUCCUCAUCUCCCUCACCAACCCACACGACCACCAUAACUCUGAUGUCAUGAUGCACAUGGGCCUGCAGCUGUUGAACGUGGCUCUAGAAGCCACACACAUCGCCCCCUACCAUUCACUGCUCUACCUGGUCAAAGAUGAGCUAUGUAGGCACCUAAUACAGUUAUUAAACAUGGACAGAAUGAAUCUGUAUGCUGCCUCCAUACGUGUUUGCUUUCUACUCUUUGAAAGCAUGCGAGAACAUCUUAAGUUUCAGCUUGAGAUGUACCUGAAGAAGCUGAUGGACAUCAUUACCUCAGAAAACCCUAAAAUGCCCUAUGAGAUGAAGGAGGUGGCCCUGGAGGCCAUCGUACAGCUCUGGAGAAUCCCCAGCUUUGUCACCGAGCUCUACAUUAAUUAUGACUGCGAUUUCUACUGCUCCAACAUGUUUGAGGACCUUACCAAACUGCUCUCCAAGAAUGCCUUUCCAGUGUCUGGGCAGCUCUAUACAACCCAUCUCCUGUCUCUUGAAGCUCUGUUGACUGUGAUUGACAGCACAGAGGCUCACUGUCAGGCCAAAGUGCUCAACAGCAUUGCACAGCAGGACCAGUCAGAAUCAACAACAGUUGAAGGAGACCGUUUGGUCAACACCACCACAGAUUCAACCACAGAGGCUGGCAAAUCUGUCCCCAUUUUUAAUGGGCUGAAUGCUGUUGCUUCGGAGGCGAGGGCUGCCUGUCCUCCGACCAGUGGGCAUUUGAUGGCAGAGGAGAUGGUAUUAGGAAGACAGGACCAGGAGGAGACAGACUCAGAGAAGAAAAGCCCCAAGAAGCCUCAGCGUUUCACCAGCUGUCUUCCAGACUCUCAGGAACUUCUGGAGAUCAAGAACAAGAAGAAGAUUAUUAUCACAGGUACAGAGCAGUUUAAUCAGAAGCCGAAGAAGGGCAUUCAGUUCCUGCAGGAGAAAGGCCUGCUCAGCACCCCCAUGGACAAUAAUGAGGUGGCCCAAUGGCUGAGAGAGAACCCCCGUCUGGACAAGAAGAUGAUCGGAGAGUUUAUUAGCGAUCGUGAGAACACCGACCUGCUGGACAGUUUUGUCAACACGUUCAGCUUCCAGGGUCUGCGCUUAGACAAGGCGCUCCGUUUGUAUCUGGAGACAUUCCGUCCUUCUGGCGAAUCGGCUGUCAUUCAGCACCUCUUGGAAACCUUCACUGACAGCUGGCAUAAAGUGAAUGGUAAUCCCUUCCAGACAAAAGACGCUGACUUAGUCCUGGCUUAUGCCAUAAUGAUGCUGAACACCGAUCAGCACAACCAUAAUGCUCGAAAGCAGAACAUCCCCAUGACAGUGGAGCAAUUCAAGAAGAAUCUGAAAGGAGUGAAUGGAGGGAAUGACUUGGAUCAAGACAUGCUGGAAGACAUCUAUAAUGCCAUCAAGAAUGAGGAGAUUGUGAUGCCUGAUGAGCAGACGGGGCUGGUGAAGGAGAACUAUGUGUGGAGUGUUCUGCUGCACAGGGGUGCCACGUCUGAGGGGAUAUUUGUCCAUGUGCCCGGCAGCAGUUAUGAUCGCGAUCUCUUCACCAUGACCUGGGGACCCACCAUUGCCGCCCUCUCCUACGUUUUUGACAAGAGCUUGGAUGAUGCCAUCAUUAAGAAGGCCAUCGCUGGGUUCAGUAAAUGUGCCAAGAUUUCUGCACACUACGGCUUCAGUGAUGUUUUUGACAACUUGAUAAUUUCACUCUGCAAGUUUACUACUCUCAGCUCUGAGUCUGUAGAGAACCUGCCCACCGUGUUUGGCAGUAACAGGAAGGCUCAAGCGGCUGCUGACACAGUUUUCAGCCUGGCCCAUCGUCACGGCGACAUCUUGCGAGAGGGAUGGAAGAACAUCAUGGACUCCAUGUUGCAGCUUUUCAGAGCUGAGCUUUUACCCCCGUCCAUGGUUGAGGUUGAGGACUUUUUAGACCCAAAUGAGAAGAUUUCUUUACAGCGUCAAGUGACACCGUCAAACAGGAGUGAAUCAACGAUGUUGAGUUUAAUGAACUGGUUGACAUUGAGUGAGCAGUCAGGGAACAGAGGCCCCUCCACUGAGAACCAGGAGGCCAAACAAGCGGCCCAGCUUUGCAUUAAGCACUGUAACCCAGAGAAGCUGAUCACAGAAAGCAAGUUUCUGCAGCUGGAGUCUUUACAGGAGCUCAUGAAGGCUCUCAUCUCGGUGACCCCUGAUGAGGAAACAAUGUAUGAUGAAGAAGAUGCUGCUUUUUGUCUGGAGAUGCUGCUACGUAUUAUUCUUGAAAACAGGGACAGAGUAUCAUGUGUAUGGCAAACAGUACGGGAUCACCUGUAUCAGUUAUGCGUACAUGCUACUGAAAGCUGCUUCCUGGUGGAGAGAGCCGUGGUGGGAUUGCUUAGACUUGCUAUACGUUUACUGCGCAGAGAGGACGUUGGCUCGCAGGUUCUCCUCUCUCUUCGUUUGCUGUUGAUGAUGAAACCUCACGUUCUGUCCAAAGUCAGCAGAGAGGUGGCUUACGGCUUGCACGAGUUGCUUAAAACUAACGCUGCCAACAUUCACUGCAGUGACGACUGGUACACGCUCUUUUCCCUUCUGGAGUGUAUCGGGGCCGGGGUCAAACCUCCAGCUGCCCUGCAGGUCACAAACACCAACCUUGACAAUGACACCGGUGCUCAGUCAGAUAGUGAACUGAGUUCAUAUCAUCAGAGUGAAGUUGGUCUUAACCGGGGCUACACGUCUGACUCUGAGGUUUACACAGAGCACGGGAAAUCCAGAAUACCCCGUUCAGCUACAGAUGUCAAUGUGGGCUGGCUAGUCGUGGGUAAAGAUGACUUGGAAUGCACUAAGGCAACAGUGGCACCAGCUCUAAAGCCCCUGUCCCAUCCUCUCAUUAACCAGUACAGUCUGACUGUGGGCCAGGACAUGGGGCUGCAUGACACCAAGUCCCUCAUCAAGUGUGUGGAUUCGCUUUCCUUCAUCGUACGCGACGCCGCCCAUGUCACUCCAGAAAACUUUGAGCUUUGUGUUGAAGCCAUACGAGUGUUCAUGGAGGCAAGCCUUAAUGGAGGAUAUCGCACCCACGAGACGAAAAAGAGUCACAAAUAUGACUCCAAAUCCAGCCGCUUCCGAAAGAAGCCACGAGAGAAGGAAAGCGCAUCACGGCGAUCCAAAACGUCCAGUCAGCGGCCCACCCGUUCCCAUAGCGACGAUGAGGAAGACGAGGGCGUGCCGGCCAGUUACCACACGGUGUCUUUUCAGGUUAGUCUGGACUUGUUAGACUUGAUGCAUACACUGCACACAAGAGCAGCCGGCAUCUACCGCUCUUGGGCAGAGGAACAGCGCCAUCUAGAGUGUGGUGUCAGAAAGAUCGAGGCGAACUCUCAAACACUGUGGUCCAGCUGCUGGUGUCCUCUGCUUCAAGGUAUGGCUUGGUUGUGCUGUGACGCUCGGAGACAAGUCCGCAUGCAGGCUCUCACCUACCUACAGAGGGCGCUACUCGUACACGACCUUCAAACACUGGGCGCUGUGGAGUGGGAGUCCUGCUUCAACAAGGUCCUGUUUCCUCUGCUGACGAAGCUGCUAGACAACAUCAGUCCAGCUGAUGUGAGUGGCAUGGAGGAGACCAGGAUGAGAGCCUGCACUCUACUUUCUAAGGUGUUCCUGCAGCAUCUCUCUCCACUGCUCUCUCUGCCCACUUUUGCUGCUCUCUGGCUCACCAUUCUGGACUUCAUGGAUAAGUACAUGCAUGCUGGCUCCAGCGACCUGCUGCUGGAGGCAGUCCCAGAGUCUCUGAAAAACAUGCUGCUGGUGAUGGACACAGCAGGGAUCUUUCACAGUGCAGACUCUCGUACAGGCUACUCAGACUUGUGGGAAAUCACCUGGGAGAGAAUUGACUGUUUCCUGCCCCGACUCAAAGAGGAGCUCUUCAAACAGGCUGUCAUUCCAGAACCUGUCUGUAAUGUUCCUGUGGAGCCCGUCCCACCCCCUGUCACUGUUACACCAGCCUCUCCACCUGUGCCAGUCCCCUCACCAGUGCCAGCUGCCCCUGCAGAGCCAAACAUCCCCAGCAGACCUGCAUCACCUCAGGAUAUGCCCACUCAUAGUGCCAGCGGUGAUCGAACAGAUCCAGUUCCUCCCUCAACAUCUCCAAUUCCCAGUCCAGCAAAGAUGAGUCCUCCAGAGUCACCGCCCCUUCUCAGCCGGUCUCCAUUCAUCCUGCAGCCCCUCGCCUCGCCACUGCAAGUGGGCGUGCCCCCGAUGUCCCUGCCAAUCAUUCUGAACCCUGCUCUCAUAAAGGCUACCUCACCUGUGCCCCUGCUUCCCCGCCCAUCCACCGACUAACCCACCCAUGAACACAAGGUGUGAGUGUCAUCACAAAUUGUGAAGGAGAAAUAAAGUGGAAGAGAACCAUCUUAUUUCAUUGUUCUUCUAUGUACAUGCACUCUCCUCCACUGUAGCUCACAUUAUUAAAUUAUGUAACAGCAAGACUUGAAUAAGAGAGCAUGAGAAAGAGGACAUUGAGAUGCAUGGUUGCCUCUCCUCAUUUCAAACAUCAAAGCGCAACACUCAGAUCGGAAUGUCCUUCAGUUAUCCAUGUUACAUAGAUAACAAUAUUUAUUCAAACCAGCUCAAACUGAACCUGUACAACAGGAUGAAGAAACCUUCAUUUAUUUGGAACAAUUCAUAUAGUUUCUUUGGCUUUUACACUUAUUGUAUUGUUUUGCCAUAAACUAGUCCAAAGAAAACAUGAAAAAGAGGAGUAACCACCAUGCCGUUGCCGUGUAUGUCUACAAAAUGGCCCUCACAGACAAAAACAAUACAAUUUAGCUUAUACCCAACACCAGAUCUACUUAUUUCAGUGAGAUCCUGCAAUUAAUUAUCGCGCUCUUACAACAUUCCAGUCUUGUCAGUGAUGUUUUCAACAGGUUUUUUUUUUGGUUUUUUUACUAAAUGAACCAGCAGAAUUCUGAAUGCCUGGUGUUAUUUUAUUUUUUAUGUUUUUUUAUUUGUAUGCAUAAGAUGUCUCAAAGUGUGAUCAUUUUGUUUCUCACGUUUAUGCUGUAUCACUGUGACAAUUCUGGACUUUAAAGGCUUUUCAAGAAUUUCUCAAAUGACCUGAACCUGGGCCAUUUCAGACCAUUUUUCCACCCUAUUUGGCACAUUAUUAUGGUGGCAUUAAUCUCAUUGGCGACCAUGACCUGAACAACAUAUCAACUGCAGUUCUUGAAUUUUUUUUUUUUUACAAAUAAUAAAUAAAUAAAUAAAUCCUGGAUGUAUUAAGGAAUGUUCCGGGAUCAAUACAAGUUAAGCUCAAUUGACAACAUUUGUAGCAUAAUGUUGAUUACCACAAAAAAAAAAAAAAAAAAAAAAAAAAUUGACUUGUCCCUCUGUUUUUGUUCUUUUAAAGCAAAACUCUGGGUUACAAUGAGGCACUUACAAUAGAAGUGAAUGGGGCCAAUCUGUAAACAUUAAAAUACUCACUGUUUCAAAAGUAUAGCCACAAGUCAUAAAUCAUAUGCAUGUUAAGAUGAUUUUAGUGUGAUACAAUCUCUGUUCUACAUGAUUUUAAUAUGAUAAAAUAAUUGCAGGGUGGCAUUAUGCCUUAGGGAUAUUUCACCCCAAAAUGAAAAUUCUCUCAUCAUUUACUCACCCUCAUGCCA